AUGUUGGAGCAGAAGAAUGGUGAAAUUAAACAUCUCUCAGGUGAAAUUAGAAACCUGGAGAAAUUUAAGACCACCCUCAACGAAGAAGUGAAUGAACUACAAUACAGACAAGAACAACUAGAACUUCUUAAUUCUAAUUUAAUGCGCCAGGUUGAGCGGCUUAAAGAAGAAAAAGAGGAGAGAGAAAAAGAAGCAGUUUCUUACUGUAACGCCUUAGAGAAAGCUCGUGUAGCAAAUCAAGAUCUUCAAGUGCAAUUAGACCAGGCACUCCAGCAAGCCCUGGACCCCAACAGUAAAGGCAACUCUUUGUUUGCAGAGGUGGAAGAUCGAAGGGCAGCAAUGGAACGUCAGUUUAUCAGUAUGAAAGUCAAGUAUCAGUCACUAAAGAAGCAAAAUGCAUUUAAUAGAGAACAAAUGCAAAGAAUGAAGUUACAAAUCGCCACAUUGCUGCAAAUGAAAGGGUCUCAAACUGAAUCUGAGCAGCAGGAACGGUUGUUUGCCAUGUUGGAGCAGAAGAAUGGUGAAAUUAAACAUCUCUCAGGUGAAAUUAGAAACCUGGAGAAAUUUAAGCAAAGAAAAUGAAAGCACUAAAGGUGAAUUGUCCAUACAGAGAAUGAAAGCAUUGUUUGAGAGCCAACGGGCUCUGGAUAUUGAGCGAAAACUUUUUGCCAAUGAAAG